AUGAUUCGAACAAUCUUAACAACAGCAGCAAUUUCUCUUCUUUUGCUAACUAAUUACUAUCAAACACAAUCCUAACCACUCACUGAGUUUGAAAUUUGGUAAUAGAAGCAUCAGAAGAUGUACAUUGGUGAAGAAAGAAUCUAUAGAGAAGCUGUUUAUUAGACUAAUAAACAAAAGAUUGAAAGUCACAAUAAGUAAUAGGAAAGAACUUAUGAUAUGGGAGAAAAUCAAUUUAUGACAUUGACUUAAGAUGAAUUUAUAUCAUUAUAUUUGACUCAAGUGGAUGCUCCAGAAUUAGAAUUUGAAGAAGAAAGAGAACAAGUUUUUGAUGGAGCUGAACCACUUAAAUUUGUCGACUGGAGUUCCUAUAGUACUAUUAAGUCCUAAGGACAAUGCGGAUCAGGUUGGGCUUUCUCUGUCAGUAAUUCCAUUGAGGCUUGGUAUGGCAUUAGAGGAGGAAGAAAUAUCUCAGCCUCAACUCAAUAAUUGAUCGACUGUGACACCUAUUCAAAGGGUUGUUACUCAGGAACCAACUAUAAUGCUAUGCACUAUGCUUAAUAAAUAGGACUGAUGAAUUCUAUGAGUUAUCCAUACGUUGCGUAAUAAUAAGGAUGUAGAUACAACAGAGGAGAAUUCAGAAUCAAUACUUAUAAUUUUGUAGGAAAUUAAUAGCAAACUUUGUAAAAUUAUUUAUAAUAUUAUCCUGUCUCAGUCGGUGUUGAUGCCCUCAAUUGGCAAUUCUAUUCAAAUGGUACUUUUGCUGACUGUGGUCAAAAUAUAAACCAUUAUGUUUUAGCUGUUGGAUUUGAUUUUGGAUAUAAUUGGUUAAUUUAGAAUUCAUGGGGUUACGGUUGGGGAGAAAAUGGAUCCAUCAGAUUAUCACCAGGAAACACCUGCGGUAUACUCAAUUAAGCAUAUUAGAUUGCUUGAGUAUAAAUAUCAUAUUAUAAUAAUCACAUCAUUCUAAACAUAAAUAGAUAGUCCAUAAAAUCUUAACUUUCUUUGA